AUGAUUCCUCGGCUUCUGGGAGCUUAUAUAAGCCGCCAAUUCUUAAUCAACGUCCGACACAUCGUAUGUUUCUUUGUUGCAGCAUUUCAGACACUGUACCUUUUCUUCACCAUGUCCAAUCCCAAAUCCGAGUUAAUGUCUGAGCCCUCUGUUUCAGAACCUCCACCGACGCAACCCUCUGUGCCCAUUUCCUACCCAAUCAAAACCCUUGAGGAGUUGGAGUCUCGCUCGUAUUUCGACUCCUUUCACUACCCUUUCAACAAGGCGUCGGUUCCCAUUCUCAGUGGAGAUUCUUCUUCGUUGCCCCAUAGGCGCAGAUUGCUUGUGUGCCAUGACAUGGCUGGGGGCUACUUGGAUGACAAGUGGAUUCAAGGUGGUACUAACCCCGAUGCUUAUGCCAUUUGGCAUUGGCACAUGGUCGAUGUCUUUGUCUACUUUUCACACAGUGUCGUUACUCUUCCUCCUCCGUCGUGGACUAACACUGCUCAUCGCCAUGGUGUUAAGGUGUUGGGGACUUUCAUUACUGAAUGGGAUGAGGGAAAGGCUGUCUGUGAUACACUACUGUCAACAAAGGAAACUGCACAUAUGUAUGCAGAACGUCUGGCUGAGCUUGCCACGGAGUUAGGUUUUGAUGGGUGGCUAAUAAAUAUGGAAGUGAAGUUGGAUCAGGGUCAAAUUUCUAAUUUGAAAGAGUUUGUAGACCAUUUAUCAUUAACUAUGCAUUCUUCUGUGCCUGGAUCGUUGGUGCUAUGGUAUGACAGUGUUACAGUUGAUGGUAAAUUGAAUUGGCAAGAUCAACUAAAUGAACAUAAUAAGCCGUUCUUUGAUAUAUGCGAUGGAAUAUUUGUGAACUAUGCAUGGAAGGAAGACUAUCCAAAGCUUUCCGCUGCUGUUGCCAGUGAACGGAAGUUUGAUGUGUACAUGGGAAUUGAUGUAUUUGGAAGGAACACAUAUGGUGGUGGACAGUGGAAUGUAAAUGUUGCUCUAGAUUUACUCAGAAAGAAUGAUGUCUCUGCUGCAAUAUUUGCUCCUGGAUGGGUCUAUGAGACAAAACAAGCACCAGAUUUUGAGACUGCUCAGAAUAGUUGGUGGGGUCUUGUAGAAAAGUCAUGGGGAGUACUGCGAACAUUUCCUGGAACACUACCAUUCUACACUGAUUUUGAUCAGGGGCGUGGCUAUCAUAUUUCAGUUGAUGGUGACAAUGUAUCAGAUACUACUUGGUGCAACAUUUCUUGCCAAGGUUUCCAGCCACAACUUGGGUUUUCCGAUCCUGCAAAUUCUAUUCAAGUUUCUGUAGACUUGAAGGAAGCAUCAUAUAGUGGAGGGGGAAACAUUACAUUCAAAGGAUCCCUUGAAGAGCAAACUUACUUUGAGAGCAAAAUCCUUCAAGGAGAGUUUCUUUUGAGCGAGUUGCCUAUCCACUUUUUUUAUUCUGUGAAAUCUGAUGGCAAUUCUUCAUUGGGACUUAAGCUAGAGUUCACAUCCACUGGCAAUGACCGAAGAGCAUCUAUACUUCUCGCACCCCGGGCAGUGAAUAAUUUUUCAAGCAAGUUCAGCAAAGUAAUCAUGACUCGUGAACAUAAGGGAAUUUCCUCUGGAUGGGUUAUAAAUGAAGGUGAAGUCGCAAUGAAUGGAUACACUUUAACAGAAAUCCAUGCAGUGUGCUAUAGAUCAGAUUCUCGAGUCAAUGAAAUAGGAUGGCAACACAGGUCAAAUGACAAUGAUGGAACUGUGGCUUCCCCAUUAGAUUAUUUUACACUUCUUGGUCAUAUCACAAUCAAAACUUCUGACUAUAAAUCAGAUUUUCCUGUGUCUUCUUCCUGGCUAGUUGAUGGCACCUGCAUAAAAUGGACAUCAGACCCUCUUGGUUCAAAGACCCUCGAUGUUAAAAUUUCUUGGAAACUAAAAAAUGAGAAUAAUUAUUUAUUUUUAAAGUACAACGUUUACUUGGUGAAAUUAUCAAAACAAGCAGGUGGUAGUCCAGGUACAACAUUAGAGGAUGUAAAAGAGUACCUUGGAGUAGCACAAGUAAGCUGUUUCUAUGUUUCUAACCUCAUAGUUCCUUCAGACACUUCUACUCUCAAAUUUAUAAUACAAGUCUGCGGUGUAGAUGGGACAAUUCAGGAAUUGGACGAGUCUCCAUAUUAUGAAUUGGAAGUUGAAGGUAGUUAA